AUGACCCUACAACAGCCUGCUUCGGCUGAGAAAACCAUUCGUAAAAUUGACAUUUCACAGGUCUCUCUCAGUUUACAAGACCGAUUAGGCUUGGCCAAACUGAGGUAUCAACAGGGCAAACUUCAUGGACCGAAUUCAACCCUUCCGGACUCCAAGUUGGGCCGCCUCGAUCUUGAAAAGCCCUCCGACUCCUCCUCCGAUUUCUCACGCAGUCGCUGCGAAACUCCCUUUACCUCCCCUCCCUUGAGAGCCGCCACAUACUCCAAGGAACUCCCUCGUUCCGCCCGAAACAAGCAUGCCGUCACCUUCGAUUCCCUCGCCAUGCAGCCCAUGCUGACGGCAAGCCGUAAGCGUGUUCGCUCAGACUCCAACUCAGAACGUCCCGCAAAGGUGCCCCGCACAUCAUGGAAGAGUUCUCACCGAUUACCCGAGUCAUCUCCUGGCUUGGGUAUCCGUCACACUGCACGACGAACUCGGGCACCCUUCAUGUCCGAAGCACCAAUUCCGGAAAUGUCCUCGCCAAGAUAUCAUGUUCCAUCUGAUGAAGAGAACGACCCCGACCUACCCAUCCAUAGUUUCCAACAUGUGAGCUCCAUGGUGGGUUCCUCGCCUCCUCGUACGCCGCCCCCGAAGCACGCACGUCUGCCACGAACCGGCCGAGCUGGAGAAGGUGGGGAUGAUGGCGCUGGUCUCUUGCUCUAUCUUGCGAAUUCACCCACUCCGGCUCGUGUGGCAGUUGGUUCGCAGGCUCAGCCUUUCCCGCCAUCGACUCCCCCGAGCCAGUACGCUGCCCUGGGAACCCCGGGUCAACAAUUCAACUUUGCCGAUUUCGUGAAUGUGACACCCAGUCCUGCACAGCCAGUGUGGGGUAGCCGAACCCCUGGCAACCCAGCUCGCACUCCUCUUGCUACCAAGGAUGCUCGCAAACGGUUGAACUUUGAUGCUCUCGUUCCUCCAACCGGCUCUCCUCGAAUGCACAGCAAAGACGGUGGAUUAGCUCUUCAACUUGGAGGCGAGUUGCAUCCCUAA